ACCAAGUACGAAGUGCUGUAUUGUCCGAGUGUCCAACGAACCCGGACGAGCCCCGGAAAUGCCACGACGGCGUAAACUUUUCGCCACAACCGGCAGGCGUCCGUCCGUCCAUCCAGCACUGCCGUGUCAGCGUCCGCCCACAAGGCGAUGCAAUGACCAAACACCAUGGGGGCGAUAAGCGGCUCAACGGCACGGUCCCGGCCCCGGCGGCCCACCUCGAGACGGCAAUCGUCCUUCUCCGCGGACCACCACAUCGGCAUCGCCCGGGAGGUGAUUGGGUGCUGCCACUAUCGGCCGGGGGAACGCCCCUUAUCGUGCCCGUGUCGUUCGAUCCUCGCGUGCUCACGGCGUGCUGCGCCUGGAGUAUCCUACAAGCGUGUGAAGCCCGGGCGCGGACGUAUCGAGCGUUCGAGGGCCGAAAUGCCUUACUCCGCGGGGGCAACAGCCACCUGAUAAUCACGAGACAGUGAGACACCGUGACGCGAGAGAGGCAUUUCGUCAGGUAGGGCCUGAGCCGAGCGAGCGGGCCCGGUAUAUACCUCGCCAACUCCCAGGGCGCGCGGGACCCCUUACACGUAGCCGGGAAAUGGCGCCUUGACCUUCGUCUGGGCCCCCCCCUCAUCGCCAUCUCGUUGCAGGUCUAUCCGUGACGUGACCGAAGAUGUCCCAGACGCCCGGUGUGAAGAGAGUCGUGGUGGUGGGCUUGGGCAUGGUGGGCAUUGCCUUCAUAGAGAAACUGCUCAAGUACGAUGCCCGGACGCGCGAGUACAACGUCACGGUCCUGGGCGAGGAGGCGCAUCUGGCGUACAACCGAGUCGGCCUGACGAGCUUCUUCGAGCACCGCAAGAUCGAGAACCUGUACCUGAAUCCCGCAGAAUGGUACACGAGCGCCGGUAAAGACGCCUUGGGAUACCUUGUCAACACCAAGGUCGUCGCAAUCGACUCGACGGCUAAGACAGUCACCUGCGCCAACGGUGAUGUGGUGUCCUACGACAUCCUCGUCCUGGCGACGGGGUCCGACGCGAUCCUCCCGCGGCAAACACCCGGACACGACGCCCGGGGCGUCUUCGUAUAUAGGACCAUCGACGACCUGAUAAGCCUCAUUGACUUUGCCGGCACGAGAAAGGGCUCCGUCGGGGCCGUCGUCGGCGGCGGUCUGCUGGGCUUGGAGGCGGCCAAGGCCAUGAUGGACCUCGAGUCGUUUGCGCAGGUCAAGCUCAUUGAGCGGAACAAGUGGGUACUCAGCCGGCAGCUGGACGAGGACGCGGGGGCCAUGGUCGUCCAGCAGGUCAGGGACCUCGGCCUGGACGUGAAGCUCAGCAAGCGCGUGCACAAGAUCAAGGUGGACGACGACAACGGCGUGAGCGGGGUCGUGUUCGAGGACGGCGAGGAGAUGGACUGCUCGACCAUUUGCUUCGCCAUCGGCGUCCGCGCGAGGGACGACCUGGCUCGCAGCUCGGGCCUCGAGUGCGCCGAGCGCGGCGGCGGCAUCGUCGUGGGCGACGACCUGACCACGAGCCACCCAGACAUCUACGCCAUUGGCGAAUGCGCGAGCUGGCAGGGUCAGACCUUUGGCCUCAUUGCCCCCGGCGUGGAGAUGGCCGACGUGCUCGCUUUCAACCUGACACAGGCCAAGCUUCACUCGCCGAGGGCCUUUAAGCGGCCGGAUCUCAGCACCAAGCUCAAGCUGCUGGGCGUCGACGUCGCCAGCUUCGGGGAUUUCUUCGCCGAUCGGGACGGGCCGAAACAGUUACCUCCCAAGUACAAGAGGAGGUUGAAGGACGGCGCGGGCGCUGGACUUCCUCCCGAGACACCGACGGUCAAGACGCUCACAUACAAGGACCCGUUCCAGAACGUCUAUAAAAAGUACCUGUUCACGGCGGACGGCAAGUACCUGCUCGGAGGCAUGAUGAUUGGCGACACCAAGGACUACGUCAGGGUAGUCCCCAUGGUCAAGAACAUGAAGGAGCUCGAGACGCCGCCGAGCCAGCUCAUCCUGGGUGCGCAGGGGGAGGGCGACGAUGGCGGGGACGACCUCGACGACGACACGCAAAUCUGCUCGUGCCACAACGUCACCAAGGGCGACGUGGUCAGCCGCGUCAAGGACGGGACGUGCAAGGACAUUGCGUCCAUCAAGGCGUGCACCAAGGCGGGCACGGGUUGCGGCGGCUGCAUGCCGUUGGUGACGACCAUCUUCAACAAGACCAUGGCGGCCAUGGGCAACGAGGUCAAGAACCACCUGUGCGCGCACUUUAGCCACUCGCGGGCGGAGCUAUACCAUAUCGCCAUGGUCAAGCGGCUGACGACGAUGCGCGAGCUGAUGCGCGAGGCGGGCAACGAUGUCGACGCCGGUGGCUGCGAGCUGUGCAAGCCGGCCGUGGGCAGCAUCCUGGCCUCGCUCUGGAACCGUCACGUCAUGGACCGGCCGACGCACGGCCUGCAGGACACCAACGACCGCUUCCUCGGCAACAUCCAGCGCGACGGUAGCUACUCGGUGGUGCCGCGGGUGCCCGGCGGCGAGAUCACGCCCGACCGGCUCGUCGUCAUCGGCGAGGUGGCGCGCGACUUUGGCCUCUACACCAAGAUCACGGGUGGGCAGCGCAUCGACAUGUUUGGCGCCCGCAAGCAGGACCUCCCGGCCAUCUGGGCCCGUCUCAUCGCCGCGGGCAUGGAGUCGGGCCACGCCUACGCCAAGUCGCUGCGCACCGUCAAGAGCUGCGUCGGCUCGACCUGGUGCCGCUUCGGCAUCGGCGACAGCGUCGGCAUGGCGGUGCGCCUCGAGGAGCGCUACAAGAGCGUGCGUGCGCCGCACAAGAUCAAGGGCGGCGUGAGCGGUUGCGUGCGCGAGUGUGCCGAAGCGCAGAGCAAAGAGUAUGUGGUGGACGAUGCCAUACCCCUUUCUUUUACCCCUUUUCUAGGGUAGCGCCCAUGAGUUCCCGCUGCGCCCUCCUCACUUAAGGACAAUGACGGUCUGCUAACGUCACCCGUAGCUUCGGCCUCAUCGCCACAGAAAAGGGCUUCAACAUCUUCGUCGCCGGCAACGGCGGCGCCAAGCCCCGGCACGCCGAGCUGCUGGCCAAGGACGUGCCGCCCGCCGAGGUGGUGCCCAUCCUCGACCGCUACCUCAUGUUCUACAUCCGCACGGCCGACAAGCUGCAGCGGACGGCCCCCUGGCUCGAGAGCCUGCCCGGCGGGCUCCGGUAUCUGCAGGAGGUGGUGCUCGAGGACAAGCUGGGCAUCUGCGCGUCGCUCGAGGCGCAGAUGCAGGAACUCGUGGGGAGCUUCUUCGACGAGUGGGCCGAGGCCAUCGCGACGCCGUCCCUGGCGGCCAAGUUCCGCCAGUUCCACAACUCGGACGCGCGCGUCGACGGCGUCGAGGCCGAGCGCGAGCGCGGCCAGAGCCGCCCCGUCUACUGGGCCAAGGAGCCCGCCACCGACGACUUCAAGGGCCUGCGCGGGCGCUGGAGCCGCGUCGACUGGGAGCCCGUCAUCGAGGCCUCGUACUUUGACGGCGCCGACGAGUUGCCCAACGGCAUCUCGGCCAACAUCAAGCGCAGCGACACCCAGCUCGCCGUGUGGCGCUUCAAGGGCCGCUUCUACGCCACCCAGCAGAUGUGCCCGCACAAGCGCGCCUUUGUCCUCUCCGAUGGCCUCCUCGGACAGAGCCCCUAUGAUAAGAAGGGCGACGAGAAGAGCCGCCGAGACGACGAGUCCGUGUCGUCGACGCCAUUGUCAUCUUCAUCUUCUUCAUCCGGGCCCGAUACAUCACCGCCGACGCCGGCAUCGCUGGCAUCGACGCUAACCUCGCUAUCGUCAUCAUCGUCGUCGUCGUCUUCAACAUCUCCUUCUGACACCAGCACCGCCACCACUAUGGCAUCGCAAUCGCAAACAUCGCCGUGGAUCUCAUGUCCGCACCACAAGCGCAACUUUGACCUCGGCAACGGCUCCUGCAGCACCGACACCUCCCUCUCCAUCGCCACCUUCGACGCCGAGGCCCGACCGGACGGCAUGCUGUACCUGCGGCUGCCGCCCACGGACGAGCUGGACGCGGCGCUUGGGACGAGCCGGUGGAUGGUCCGCAAGGGCGAGAGCGGCGACGGCCCCUUUACCGAGCUGGACCGCCGGACCGCCGCCGCCGCCGCCGCCCUGGGGAAGCGGGGUAGGAAGCCCAACGCCGUCAAGGCUGGGCUGGGCGGCGCGGGUACCAAGAUGGUGAAGCCCGUCCAGCUGAUGAUGGCCGGGGGAGGAUGUGGGUCAGCUCCCGAGUGGUGAGAUGUAUCGCAAGUGCGACGACAACCUUUGACGAGACGUGGAGAUAACAAGGCGCCGCCCCCCUUUAGACUCCUAGCCCUCUUUUAUUUAUUAGGCUUUCAGCGGGUAGACUAGCCAUGUGCAUCAGUAGAGGGGGAAACAAGCCACAUCAAGAUCAUGCAUAUAUGCCCUGACCGAAUCGAGCAUACUCUCGUCCCGAGCAAACGCCACGACCAAGCACCCGCGCCUCGUCCCAAGCUAGAGCGGCCACAGCUGUACAGCCAGCCAGUCGUACACAUAUCUAGAUCUACAUAUGCACAACAUGGAGUGCGCCGUAGCUGAAAAGAUGGCUAGAACGAGGACCCGAUUAGAGUGACUCCCGAGGGAGGGGGUGCAACAACUAACCGAAGCUCGGCAGACGCAUCUUCGCUCGUGUGUGUGUGGAAGUGUCCACAGCCACCGACCGCUGGCUGGCACAGCAAGCGAGUAGUAGUAGGACUGGUUAUGUGCCGCUUUUACCGGGCUUGCUGGUGCUGUCGUGUACGACGACAACGACAACGACUCGGCCGGCCGGCUGGUCGACCGAGGUCUGUCGGUGCAUGUGAACUUGCUUUCCAUGAGAGAGAGCGAAUAUCGAUGGCAUACGUGCUGCACCUGUGUAGUCGGAACACGCUUCCAGCCUCCUGCAAGCCGUGGUGCUAUUGCCUUUACACUCCCCACGUUCCCGCGUAGCCCCCGGGCAAGGGACGCACGCGCCUCGUCGUGCCCCAGCCCGGAUCUCUUAUUGGGCACCCGCCGCCCGUCGUCAGGGCAGUGCGUAUAUAGACAUUACCAGGAGGCGGCGACAGCACGGCAUGGCGUGUAUAACGCCAUCGUGGCGUUUAGUUCCCGAGACUCGGAGGAGGAGAGGGGGAAGGAGGCAUACUACUGCUAUGUAGUCCGGGAACUCCGCGUUACAGGAAGGGCUUUCCUUUUGUGUAUAUGGCGGCGGCGGCGGACAGUUGGGUAGGUAGGCAGGAGGGGUGUCGCAGCUCACUCGGAUCUGCCGCGGCUCCUGCAGAUCUGCUGCCCCUGACGGAUCGUCGGUUCGGGUUUCGGCUGGGGCUGGUUGGGGAGCGGCGAACCCGUCCUCCUUCCUGUACUAGUAG